AUGGCCCGAUUCCUAGCCCUUUUGGGGCUCUGCGCGGUAGCUGAAGAGACUUUGGAUGCCCUAAACGACGACAGUUGCCUCGCAGGCGAUCCUUGUGAGCUGUCUCUGCGACAGCUGCGGGGCGAGCGCAUCUCGCAACUGGUCCGGGGCCAUCCAUGCCAGUGCACUGCACAAUGUGCCAAGUAUGGCAACUGCUGCUCAGACUACAAGGACAUUUGUGAAGGAACCAGCAAGAAGCUGAAGGCAGAGGCGAUCCCACUGUGUGCCAACUUGGGCUGCACCAGCAAGUACCAGAGCAACCAGCCCUGCCAGUGCACUCCGAAGUGUAGCAAGUUCGGUAACUGCUGCUCCGACUACACGGAGGCGUGUUUGGCCGACACCGAGGAGACAAAGAUCACAACGAGCUCAGAACCGGAGGUUGAAACGACCACCGUGAGCACCACAACAGAGGAGACAUCGGUGAAAUCGACCGAAGAAAAGGAAGCAGGAGACGAUAAUGCCUGGAAGGACACAGUUGACGGAGUCCUGCACAUCAAUGACGACUGGAUCAAACAAGAUACCUUAGAUAGCAAAUGUGAAACCGCCAAGCGUGGAGACGAAUGCUGGGUGGCGGUGAGCUGGGCGAUGGCAGAUGGAAUCUACGAGCACCCGGAGUGGUGGCCAGAACUGCAACCGGGCGCAUCCAGUUUUGAAGAAUUCCAAGCCCAUCAGCAUUUGAUGAACAACACACUUUGCCCACAGCCUUGCAUGUUGAGGUACAAGCAAUACUCUGUACCAACCUACCGGUCCAAUCACCAGUACCCUAUGAAGGGGGUGUCCUACGGAGCGUCGCCCCUGAAAAACACAGGGGUACUGCUAACAGACGACGACUUCAUGACAGAUAUCACUGGUGCCAUGUGGGACAGCUGGGGGCGCGGAGAUUUAGAUCUGCUUAAAUCCAUGGGAGUCAACACGCUGAGAAUGUAUGGCAAUGACCUGAACUAUAGCCAUCGGAGCUUCUUAGAUGGUGCCUGGAAGCGUGACAUGGACAUCAUCGUGGGGCUCAGCGAUUGGGGCUUCAUCCAAGGGCCGGAUCCCUGUGACAGGAAUGGCUAUGAAUGCUUCUCGCAAGUCUACGAAGCUUACAAGAACAACCUCCUCAAGGGCUUCGCCAUUAGGAAUUACACCAUGUACCACCCAGCGCUGAAAGCUCUGAUCAUUAGCAACGAGCCAGACUUGAAGGUCCAUCCACGGACUUCAGUGUGCCGUGCGAUGAUUACUAGCCUUGAUGCCAUUUUGCAGGCAGAAAAGGACCUAAACAUCACAGAGAACCCCAUCGCUCUGACUGUGACUUUCUCCUUUGCUGCCUUCGGUAGGAAUCCGCCUGGGCUGGGGCAAAUGCAGGAACUCUACGCAUGCCUGCAGCACCCUGAAGCACCGCCCACUUACUAUCGCCCGAAGAAUGACGUCCUUAGUGCCUUUCGCAAGCGCUGGGUUCAUAGCUUCAACACGGCGGCCCCUGGCCACGUCGUGGAGGAACUCUUUCUGGACAAGUACAAAAAAAGUAUCUUUUGGUCAGAUGAGAUGAAGAUCCCUUUGUUCAUUGGCGAGUACCACAGCGUUCACGUUGGUGCCAAGGAUGAUCUACCCAUUUUGGUGGAGGAUGCCCUCUCAGCAACGUAUCCCUUCUUCCUUGGCUACAACUUUUUUGAGUUCUCAGUGCGCUAUGACAAGGGCGGCAGUGAGAAGAAGUUUGGGAUGUUCGGCUACGGUGAUAGCCCACUGCUGGAUAUGAACUACAGUGGAAUGGUCUAUACCAUUUGGGAUUUGGUACCAGCGCCCGACAAGUACGGAUACCCGCUGUCCAUGGCCUUGAGCAAUGCCUACGGCAAGGGCAGCAACUUACCGAAGCUUCGAAAAGCACCGUGCUUGGAAGAGACUUUGGGCGUCAGCUGA